AUGCUUGACGAGGGUGUCCGGCGGUCCCUGACCAACAGCGGCAACAGCUUCCGGGUUUUGACGACCUUGACUAACUUGGUGACGUGCGGCGUGCGGCCGUCCCUGAAGGGAUCGAUCUACAAGGCCCUAGCGGCGUGCGCCAAGGAUCCGGAGACCGCUCGGCGAAUCUGGAUUUUCAUCGAAGAGGCGCAGCUCGUGCCUACGGGAACCGGGAGGCAGGAGGGUGUCAUCGUCGGUGGCGGCAUGGCGAAGAACGCCAACUCUUCGUCCAACUCUCAGCCCCGGGGACUGUUCGCGGAGAUGGAGCAGGUGGAGUCACGCGAAAGGACGUACCCGGUGACGGAGGGAUUCUGCUGCCUCAUCCAGGAAUUGGUGCAGCACGACCUGCCGUACACUCUCGGAGAGAAGACGCGCUACCGAGGGGCUUCGGGCAUACAGCCGUACGUGGCCUACCUGUUGAAGUGCGUGCUCAUCCCGGAGCUUAGGUUCGCUGAUGCCGGAGAGAGGUGGAGGGUGGCGGCGAGGGUGCUCCAGGUGAUGCUGACUCUUCUGAGGAGGUACCCGCUGACAGGGGAAGGCGGUAGCGCCGACCCGGGGCCGUCGUCGAUGGCUACCCCGGAAGACGAGGAGGCGUGUCGACUGGACUUCGACCCCAAGGCGUCCUCUUCCUCCUCGCAGCGGCGGUACAAAUCGCCCGGGUACUACAUCCUCAGGGAGAUCCUGGGACAGGGGGGGCUCUUCCGCCAGAUGGUCCAGGUUCUCAAGGGUCCCGGGCGUCACGGCGACGGCGGAGUGGCUGGGCUGAAGGCGGCGAGGGUGAAGGCGGCUGCGAGCACGGCGCUGAAGCAGGGUCUGAUGCUGCCCGGUGGCCGAAAGAGCGAGGCGGACGGAGGUUCCCUGACUCCGGCCGACAGGUUUGGCGCCGCCGCCGGCGGUGGCCUGGGGGGCCCGCAACAGGCAGGCUUGGCGACAACCCCCCCUCCAGCGGCGGAGCCGAAGCUAGACCCCGUCGAGCAGGGAGGGCCCGGUCCGGACUGGUCUUGGUGGCGCGAGAGGUACAUCGAGUACGACGGGAACAUGGUGAUCCCUCUGCUGUCGACAUCGGUCCUCCUGUCCUGCGGCCGAAACCUCCCCGCCGGAAACAUGAUGGCUACGCUCAUGGCGUCCGAUCCUCGUGAGUGCAACGCCCUGGCGGAGGCGUACACGUGCUGCCUCGCCGCCGACGGUCUCGGCCUGGGGGGCAAUAACCUCCCUUCUCUGGAGGGGAUGCUGUGCCCCCCCAACGGGGAGGCCGACGGAGACUUCAUGACCCUCGACGCGGCCCUCAUCGGCGCCGGGACGGGCGGGCGUAACUGGGGGGGCGACGAGGGGGCGCUUCGGACGGUACGCCUGUGCAUCCUCGACCUCCUCCUGGAGAACGUGGAGCAGCGGGGGCCGAACCUCGCGCACCUUCUCCUGGGCCUCGUGGGCCCCUCCGCGACCACCGCCGUUGCCGGGCGGGGGAGAGGAGCGGCGGCGGCGUUGCCGAGGGCGUCGGUGUGCCUGGAGGCCGUAGUGAGCCUGCUGCAGAGCCCCGUGGUGGUGGAGCAAGAGCCUCGUCUCGCGGAGAAGUGUUCUCAUCUUCUGUACAAGCUCUGCUCCUCCAAGGACACCCGUGUGUCCGCGCUGAACAGGCUCAGACAUCCCUCCGGGGGGAGUUCCAACGCGGCAUUCUUCCCGCAGGCUCUAAGGGUUGCCCUCGCAGACAGCGGUCGGUCGAUGAUGAUGAUGCCGCCGCCGGAGGCCAAGGCAGAGGCGUCAUUCGGGCGACACUGCCUGGCGUGGCUGCUUAAGGCCGCUGCGAUCGACCUGCGGACGUCGUGCGAAGUCCAACAACGGGCUCGACCAGUCGCCGGCCCCCCUGCUAACGCUCCUUGA